GUAGCUUGUGUCGCUUUUGGUCGUUGUUUUGCUGGAGAUCUGGUCUAGCCAGAGGAAAAUACUAACCGGUGAAACUGCAAGUGGGACUGUCACUCGACUUGGGAGACGAAACUGUAUCUGGAUGGGACCAAUCUACUUCCUGAUGAGCCAAUCUGCAGCGUCCCUACCAGAAGACAAGCCAGCAACCGCAAGCGCAAUGUAGCUGUUCAGUGUUUUGCUGCAUUGCUCUUAAUGCUCUUGAGGUUGGGCGCUGGCACGGAAACUCGGCUUGUGCUGCAAGCAACGAAGCAUAGAGCUCACAAUUCAAUUCUCAAGGUCCAGAAAGCCGCAAAGCUCCCACCAGCAACCAACUAGCCAGCCGAUACUCGCUCCAACCAUGAAGUUCGCCAUCAGCGCCGUUUCUUUCUUUUCCCUUGCGGUCUUCUCUUCAGCCCAGCCGCGAGCAGAAUAUGAAAUCGACUGUGGCGUUUACGGCGACGGUGAAAUCAAGUUGCAGAACGGUCGAAUGUCUUUGGAACUUGAUCUCGACAACCUUGAUGAUGUUGUCGACAGCGUUGGAGACACGCUUGGUUAUCAUCUUCACACUACAUGGGUCAAUGCUGCUCACUCUUCACUCACCGAGUGUGGAGCUGACUUUACAGGUGGCCAUUAUGAUCCCACCUACAAAUGUGGGCCUGCCAGUGAAGCAAAGGAUGAUUCACAAUGCACCAACGCUAACUACGAAUGCAAUACCAAUCAUCCCUAUAAGUGUGAAAGGGGAGAUCUUAGUGGCAAGUAUGGAGCAUUGGUUGUGCAAAACGAUUGGACCGCCACAUUGACCAUCACAGGGGACAAGCAAGGAGCAACGAUGCAAGACUUUGUAGCAGACAACACAGUGCGAGAUGCCGGAGUGUGGUCCUCUCUUGUGUUCCAUGACCUGAACAAGGAGGGAGAGCGCGUUCUGUGUUGCAAGAUCCUUAUGGAAGAAGAAAGCAUGGACUAGCUUCGCUAGCUAUCGACAGAUAGACGUGGAUACAACUACGGCAGCAAAAAAGUAAAGAGUUGUGGAAAGACUGAAGAAAAAGUCAGGAAUUGUGGAUACGAAGGCAAACUGUGUGCGUGUGUUUUCUCGGCCUCGUUUGCUUUUGUGAAGUGCGGUAUUGUUGGUUGUGCCAGGCGCAAACUGUGUAUAAUCAGCAUACAAAAAGUUAGGUUAAAGAAAUGAAAAAACAGUGGCAUGUACCCUC